CAAAGGAAAAUGGCGAAACUGAAGUGCUGUUAGAUUAGCAAAGCAAUUCCGUUUGGUGGUCGGGAAAAAUUCAUAUUGAUGUUUGCUAAUCUGAUCAGUUUUCAUUUCACUUUAGAGCUUCAUUGAACUUUGGUAUCGCUUCGGCUGUUUACAAAAGCAGUCGCCCACUCAUUUUGUUCAACAUAACCCAACCACACAAAACAGACUUGUACUUCAGUCAAAAGAACAUCGAUCAAUGUGCCAUGGUCUCUUGUCGCAUGUUAGUGACUUCAAGAUGGGGAUUUUUUCUUCAAAUUGACCAGCAAAGAAGUGUGCGGGGAGUAAGAGAAAAGGACGAUGAUUGCGUUUUUGAAAUGAAAACGACAGAUUUUGCCAAAGUCACCAUUCGCGGAGUUCAAUCCAACAUUUACGUCGCAAUGAAUGACCAAGGAAAUUUAUACACAACGGACACUCAGAACCCCUCCUGUGUAUGGAAGGAAAUUCACCAUACUGAUGGUUACAACUACUACGAGUCCGAUCAACACAACGGAUUUUUUCUGGCGCUUAAACGGAGAGGUGAUCCAAAAAAUGGCCGAAGCACUGCUCUGGGACAAGUAUCCUGCGCUUUUCUUGUAACUACCAUAACGCACGAAGCAACAUGAGCUCCUUAUGAAAAAGAAAGAGGUUUAAUUUAGCAUGGUGUAAUAGUACACUUGUAAGCCACUGGCGUCUGCUAGAUGCAUCCGGAUGAAACUAAAAGGAAAUAUAAUCCACAUAUUCAUAAGAUAUUAAUGGUUGUUCUUACAAUAAAUGUUGCGGAAGUAGGA